AUGGGGCUUCAGUACCUCACCUUCACUAGACCGGAUAUCUCUAAUGAUGUUCAACAGGUAUGUUUGUUUAUGCAUGAUCCUAGGGAACCUCACAUGCAGGCCCUUAAGCGGAUCCUUCGUUAUUUUCAGGGUACCCUGGAUCAUGGUUUGUUUCUAUCUUCUACUGCUAUUACUGGAUUAACUGCAUAUUCUGAUGCCGAUUGGGCGGGUUGUACGGAUUCUCGUCGGUACACUUCCGGCUAUUGCAUCUUUCUGGGUGACAACCUAGUUUUCUGGUCUUCAAAGCGCCAGGCUACUGUCUCUCACUCAAGUGUUGAAGCUGAAUAUCGGGGAGUGGCCAAUGCAGUUGCAGAAACUACUUGGCUUCAGAACUUGCUUCUCGAGCUCCAUCUACCUCUAUGA